AUGCCCAGCAGAUGGUUGUCACUUCGACUUCGAGAUCUUUCUCAACACGACACUUCUCAUUUUGAUGCCGCUGCAAGACAGCCAGAGUUUGAUUUUGCCUUCCCCGAGCCAACCUCCCCGCUUCACGACCCGACAGGCAAGCCUCUCCGGACCGCAAGACCUGUCAAUCUUCGUCCUGCCACAUCCGGAGGUGCGACGGGGAAGAGAAAACCACGAAUCCAACUGCCAUCGACCAGACCCCAAACAUCCGAGAAUCAUAAACACCAAGAACCGAAGAACACCAAUGCUACCGCGAAACCCGAAAACAACCUGAUAGGUCUGGCAUUCGGCAGCCCGAGCCAUCCCCCUCCGGCUUUUGGCAUCCCUCCGUCCGACCAGCACAGUAGCGAGUACAGCACACCUUGCCGGCAUCGUUCGCGACUUAACAACAGGUCACUCCAAAUGCAGAGUAAGAAAUGGAGGAAGAUCGGCACACUAUUCAGAUCUCGCCAAGUAGAGAUCAAGCGAGAAGAGGUGCCUCCAGGCCCAACCAUAGGCCUUCCGACCGGCUUGAUGGUGCUAGACAAGAGCCCGACAAGUCAAAGCAGUGGAUUUGCAGAGCACAAGCCACGACCAAUUGGGGAGCUGGGCCAGUCGCAUCGAGAUCCUCCCACGCCACCAAAAGAAGGUCAUCGACAUCUUAUUCAGAGGCAUACGAACAAAACCGGUCAAAAGCCGGAGGACGAUAUGUUCUCGCGACCCUCCACAGCAACCGAUGCCAGUAUAUGGAGCGAAACGUACACCAGGCCGCCAGUGCCGAAGCUGGAAAUCGAUAUCCCAGGCCCUCCACUCGAUCGAUACAGUGUCAUGUUCCGCAAUCUACCGGCGGCGACACGAUCUUCGUCACUGCUUGCAAGGAGAAGCAAGACUUUGGAGAGUUUACGGUCUUUUGACGAUAGUCGACCAAACACCAAAGCCGGCGAAGAGGAAGACUCGAAGACCGACCCUGGCACAUUAACUCCUCUCAUGCCACCUAGAUUCCUGGGUACACCAACCUCAACCCGUUCACCUGCGGCAACCAAAUACUCUCUUUUUCCAAACACAUCUCCAGCUCCAGUCAAGAUCCAUGGUCGAGCUUCAGACCACGAUCGUCACCCACUCAAGCGAACAGCGAGCUCACCAGCACGACUGUCGCCCAUGCAAGAUCGCUUUUCCAUGGCCAAGCCUGAACCGCUCAACCCGAAAAGGGUCGAUUCGAAUGAGCAAAUGGUCAACAGCCCGGACGACAAUACCGCUUCGACUGAUCGGGAAGCGCCAUGGAGUGCUGCUCACUCUUUCCAGUCGUCGAUAUCCUCCGCCACCACCACGGACGAGAUCUUCUUCGACAUCAAGUCGUUCCGAGACUCGAAGGGCGUCGAGGACGGGCACUUCGUCAUGACAAGACCAGAUUCGGCGGCUGUCGAGCUAGUACGGACUAGAUCAAAGAAAGUCGUUGCGACUAGCAAGCUACGACAAGCCGAGACUGCUCAGUCAGACCAGGUUGAACAACCGACAACACCUAUACCACCACCUGCGCCUACCUCGAUCUCGAACCUACCUUCGGCGGCCACUACAAAGCACACGUCGGUCAACACGGCGUAUUUCGACGAAGCCAUUGCUGCGGUAGAGAGGCUGACUUCACCUACUACCAUGCCUCAAGAGAGUCUGCCACCAAUCACUUUUACCAUUCCAACCGUUACAGUAGCGACUCAUUCCGAUGAUAGACCUGCGCAGCCAACUAGCUCGAGCUCAUUCCACUCAGCACGACCUUCUGAUAUCCACAUCACUCGGCUCACGAGCAGAUCACGAGAAGAGAUUAGUCGACUCAUUCCAUCUCCCGUCACGGAAGUCAAAGAAGACCUCUCUCCGAAAUCCGAUACCACCAUCACCAAAGCUCCAUCCCCAUCACCUCAACCACAAGCCGGGAAGACCAUCCUGUCUCCUCGAAUUGCCGCCGUCAGGCGCGUUGACCGACCCAUCGACGACUCUCCCACCAUUCCUCAAGGCCCUCCAAGCCCAACUCGAAGAACUCCCGCUUCCGUUUCUGCUUCUGCUUCCUCUCCGGCUCCCGCUCCUGCCCCUGCUAAGCCACAAGCACCACCUCCUGCCAACAAUAGCAGUGAUCAGGACGAUAAACCACCACCGGUCCCAAAAAAGGACGCCAAGUUCAUCCCCCUUUCCAAGUACGCCGCCAAAAGCACCGUCAGCAAAAUCGAACAAGCCGGCAUAAUCCCCACCCGCCCCAGCCGUGCCAAUACCGACAACAGCCUCAGCCUCCCCCCGCGCUCCGCAUCAAUCUCAGUCCGCACCACCCCCAAAGAGCGUUCAGCGACCCUGCCUUCGUCCCUCCAGGGCCUCGAGAAAACCGUGCCGCCCGCACCCGCCGCCGCCGCCAAAGUCAACCCAAUGGCCUUGAACCCUGUCACCUCCACCUCCACCACCGGCACAACGGCCGCCGCCGAAGUGGCCGUCGCCCGAACAGUGUCAUUGUCCCGCAAACAAAGCGCAAGGGUCAACGUCCCUCCACCGAGACUACUCGCUUCCGCUCCGAGACGGGCGGAAGCGGCGGCGCAUGCAGGAGCGGCAGCGUCUUCAGCCUCGACAACAACGACAACACAAACCGCUAGUGCUCCCGCUAAUGCUAGUAGUCGUUCAGGAGGUGGAGGUCAAGGUCAUGAACGGACCGUAAGCAAGUCGGGCAUGGGCAUGGGCAUCCUGCAGGGCCACCGCCACCGGCGCAGCGCGUCCAAGUCAUCGCAGUCGCAGUCCAAGGAUAAUAUGAAAGUGAAAAUCACCAAGCGCGAGCCCGACACCAAAAAGAUCAAGGACGUCGAAAGGCAGAUGGUCAGGGAGGCGAAAAAGUGGGAGAUCCUCGAAAAGAAGGCUUAUUCGCCCGUCGUCGUGCAGGCGGAACGGGGGCACAAGCCGGGCCUGAGUGUCGGCUUGGUUGUCGAGAGUAUUUAA